ACGCUUUCGGCCACGGCGGCGAUCUCAACUUCAUCCAGUGGCUUCGGCGCUUUCGCCCGAGUGACGACCCGAAAAACAAGCACAAGGUCGCUGCCCGCAAUGCGGCCGGACCCGCAAGAGGCAAGGACUGCGGAGUUGCUAUCAGUUUCCCCUUCGAGCUCCUCGAUAUCUUCAUCGGAGCUUGGGCUGCCUCCUGCCUGCCGGGCAUGCUGGAGUGUCGACUUUUGCCGGAAGACACUCCCAGCCAGGAGCACUAUCCGCCACAUCUCGAGGCAGAGCGCAAGCGCAAGAGACUACUGCGAGCCCCCGAUGGAUGCCUACAUCUCAAAACCGUUCUGUGCCUCAACGACUUCCAAAAGUCAGCCGCCGAUCCCGACACCUUUGCCCCGGACGUUGGCAAGCUCCUGUCAAGCAUCGAGAUCGAACUACAGUUUCGCGGCUUGGGCUCGGACCGGAUUAACACCUUCAAGGCCCGAAUCCACGCAUGCACACUUCUCCUUCUUGAGGUCUACAGAGGGGCAGAGAAUCCUGAGCUCUGGAGCGCACGGAGAGUGCCGGCCGCGCCACGACGGCAAUGGUCCGCCGAGCAGCAACAUGUUCUGAGCCAUAUCGAGCGAGGCACGCGGGUCGCCGACGCAGCUGAGAUCCACGAGUCCAACCGGAUCCUGCAUGUCACCGGUGGGCCGGGGACAGGCAAAACAGAGGUGGUCAUCGCCGCCACCAGGCGUGCCCUGCAGGACGGCUGUCGCGUCCUAGUGGCUGGACCCAUAGGCCUCUUGAUCGCGAUGUACCGACAGCGUCUACCCGCCGACCCGAACCUGACCAUGGAAACCGUGCACUCGGCGUUCCAGAUCGUUCGCAACGCCGACGAAGCUUACAUCCCGCCUGGGCGCCUACACAACUACGACCUCAUCAUCUUGGACGAGGUCAGGCGCACAUGGAGCACCGACCUUGACGAAGCAGUCCGCCAUGCAAGAGCUCUGGAAGUCGACGGAAAAGAUUUUACUUUCCUCACGGUGACCAACCGCGGCGCGGCAAAACUCAACGACGCCAGGCUUCGCCUCCAAUUUCCCCAAGCGGCCAGCCAACUCACCAGCACCGGAGGCGUGCCCACCGCCGGAGAGCCCGUCGUCCUGGAACCAGGCAUGAGACUGCGCUUGACUUACAAUGUUGACAAGGACCGCAGCUUCGUCAACGGACAGAUGGGAAGCGUCCGCCUCAUGCUUCGCCGAGACAUUUUCAUUCUGGCAUCUGACCAAGGCACGUCCAUUUUAGUGCACCCCAUCUGCAUCAAGAACCAAAUGUUUCUCCCGGUGGCAUACGGCUGGGCAACCACAAUCCGCCGGGCCCAAGGCGCCACCCUGGGAAGAGUCGGACUUUGGUUCGACAGACCCGUAGCCGACAGAGGCUAUGCAAACGUAGGAGCGUCGAGAGCCAAGCUCAGGGCAGACGUCUACCAUCUCGGCCAGCUUCGCCGCACAGAUUGGCGAGCCGUGGGCGGAGAGAACGACCCGGACGAGCAGUCGAUGCUCAGC